AAAAAGCUUAUAAAUUACACAUUAAUUUAAUAAAUCAGAUCGCACUGUUUAAUACAGAUCACAUAUACAGUAUUUUUUUACAGUAAACUCCAGUUGAACUCUUUUAAAAUAAUAAUUUCGCAUACAACAUAUGUUCAGUACUUAUUUAUUUUUGUCUAAUUAUGUUAAUUAUUUAAAACGUUCAUUUAAUUUUAUGUUAUUUUCAUAAAAAUCAGUAAGUUGGUAACGAUUUAUGCAUUUAUCCGAAUUUUAAUUAAUAUACUGCACUUAUGUGAGGUAAUUAAGGAAACAAUCCUUCACAUAAAUCGCUUUAAUACUAACACACAGCUUACAUAAAACUAAAGAGAUCGCUUCUAAAAAAUAUAUAUUUUUAUUCUUUUUGUCUUGUGGGUACUAAGAGGGCCCUUUUUAAAAAUCGUAUCCAUUAGGUUCACGAUAAGGCCUAUCGGAUAGUGAGGAAUAGGUACAACAAAUCCGGUUCAGACCUUCCAUGAAAAAGUACCUAAGUUAUGAACCGAACUCGAACCCGGAUCAACAGAACGUUAUGUAUGCUGAAUCCAAAUGAAAGUGUAGGCUUAGUUUCUUCAUCUCCAUUAGUUAAAGCUGCAUCAAAUGUUCAGCAAAUAACACAAACACUGCAAUCAUUUGAUGUGGAAGAGAAAAAAGGUUCAUUCCUAGAAGCUCUUUAUCCAAACUUAAAAGUGAUAUUUUUACCAGCAACUGGAUUAAAUGCAGAGAAAAAAGAAUUAUAUUUGGAAGAAAAUUGCAUUAUUAAAUAUGAAAAAUUAUGCAUUUGUACUGGAGCAACACCAAAGAUUAUAGCUAAAGAUAAUCCAUAUGUUUUAGGAAUUAGAGAUACUGAAACUGUUCAGAUAUUUCAAAAGAAAUUACAAAAUGCAAGAAGAAUAAUUGUUGUUGGAAAUGGUGGAAUUGCAACAGAACUUGUAUAUGAAAUUGAAAAUUGCCAAAUUAUUUGGUCAAUAAAGGAUAAAUCUGUAGGCAGCACAUUUUUUGAUCCUGGAGUGGCAGAAUUUUUUCUCCCUCAUCUUUCUGAAGAAAAAUGUCCUAAAAGAGAUAACUUCAUAAAACACACAAAAUAUAUAUCAGAAAGUGAUCAAUCUACAAAUUUUUCAAAUUCAUCUGGUUCAGCAUUAGGCCCAGAUUGGUCGUCAAAUAUUUUAAUGAAAGGAGAUUCUCCUAAAAUACAUGAUGUUCAUAUAGAAUAUAGUUGUGAAGUUGAAGACAUUUAUGAAAGAAAUGAAUUUUUAAGUAAAAAUAUUCAAGAAACAGAACUAAAAUUAAAUUUAUCAAAUGAUAAAAGAGCUUGGCCAAUAUUUGUUAAACUUACCAAUGGAAAAGUUUAUGGAUGUGAUUUCAUUGUCAGUGCGACUGGUGUGAUACCCAAUACAAAACCAUUUACAUCUUUAAGCAAGAUAAAUUUGGCCAAUGAUGGUGGUAUUUUAGUUGAUGAUCAAAUGAGAACUAAUAUACCAGAUUUAUAUGCAGCUGGAGAUGUUUGCACAGCUGGUUGGAAUCAUGCUUCUCAUUGGUUUCAAAUGAGACUGUGGACUCAGGCCAGACAAAUGGGUGCUUAUGCAGCUCAUUGUUUAUCCUCUCAUUACCACAAUGAAGAAACAAUGUUAGAUUUUUGUUUCGAGCUGUUUGAACAUGUCACAAAAUUCUUUGGUUAUAAGGUGGUACUAUUAGGUCUUUACAAUGGUCAGAAGUUGGGUAACGAUUAUGAACUUCUUGUAAGAGUGACAAAAGGAAAAGAAUUUGUUAAAGUCAUACUAAGAAAUGGGAAAAUGGAAGGUGCCAUAUUAGUUGGGGAAACAGAUCUGGAAGAAACAUUUGAAAAUCUCAUAUUAAAUCAAAUAGAUCUUUCUCAGUAUGGUGAGGAUUUGCUUAAUCCUAAUAUAGACAUAGAAGACUAUUUUGAUUGAUUAUGGUCAAAUUGUUAUGUAUUUAAUGUAAAAAUGUUAUAUAAAGUAAUUUAUUUUGAAGUAUAUAUUAUGUUAAAAUGAUUUUUAAUUAAGAUACCUACCUUUUUGUUGAACAAAUAUUGUUAAUUAUAUUUGUUUUGUU